AUGCCCCGAUCAUGCUCAGUAAAAGAUGAAGAAAAAGGUUUUAGUCAGCGAAAGAAACGCAUUGGGGCAGAUAAUUCUACAAAUUGCUUAAUACUACACUCGUUUGAUAGUCAAGAUCCUGUAUCGAUGACAUGUGUAGCUGAUAUUCAUCAACCAGGUGAAUUAUGUGAUAAACUUCAACCUUUGAUUACAUUUGGUGGAAGUGAGGAAGGAACGGUAAUGGCAUUUCAAUCUUGGAAUGGAAAACCAGUGAAAAGAACCAAAGAAACAGAUAUGGCAUCUGUGACUGCAUUGCUAGUAAUACCAUCACACUCAUGGAUCUGCUGUGGUGAUGAAAAGGGUGGUAUUACAAUCUUUCGACUCUCCGUAGGGCGGGAAAAAGAAGAAAAUGAAGUUAAUAUGUCUCUUCUUUUUUCUUCUAAUAAAGGUCAUUCCUCUUCCGUUACGUGUUUUGCAACAGAUGGUGAUAAUUUUGUUUACAGUGGCUCCAUAGAUGGUAUUCUUAUUUCAUGGAAGUUACAGGAAACUAUUAAUUUAAAUAAGAAAAUUGGACAUCAUACAGGAGAAUUAUCUCAGAUUCUUACAGUAGGUAAUAAAUAUCUUCUUUCAGUUGGGCCAAACUCUCCUGCCAUUCACGUCUGGCCACUAGGAGGAGAAGAAAAAGAAAAAGAAGAAGAAGGAGAAUCAACACAAAAUCCAUUCUCUCUACGGGGCCAUACUGGUGGUGUACUUUGCUCACUUUAUCUAAAAGGUUCUCGUAAUGGGGAUGGUAUUCUUUGGAGUGGCGGAGAUGACUGUUUUAUUCGUAUUUGGGAUUUAAAUAACCCUGUGCAUCUUAAUUCUCGUAUCGCUUCAAAUAGUAAAGAUGUGAAAAUAAUGAUGAAAGAUAAUUCCUUAAGUGAAUAUAGUGAUGAAUAUGAUGAUGAUGAAAUGGAUGAUUCUAUGCAAGAUAAUUCAAUUCGGAUGCUUAUUGGACAUAAAAGAACAGUUGUUGCUCUACGUGAAGCUCAUGGAAUAGUCUUCUCGUGUGAUGUAUCAGGUUCAUUUUUAGCUUGGAAUCCUCAUCGUUAUUGGCUUCUGCAUGCCUUUUCAGUGCCUCUUGGAAGAGGACUGCAGAGGACACCAUCUAUUGUUGGUAAUAACAAUGAUGUUACUGAAGAUAAGGAAACUUUUAACAGUAAUGAAAUCGUCUAUGGGGCGAGAUGUCUUGGUUUUAUGGAGGGUUUUUAUUGGAUUAUUGAUACACUUAGUGGUCCACAGAGUGUAUAUAUGCCCAAUCAUCCGCGUCUUAGGAAGUCAUUAUCUUACAGUGAAGUAGAUAAUCCAGAAACUGUUAACGAAAUUAUAGAUGAAAGUGUGAUGAUGAAUAGAUUUGUAAACUAUGUGCAAGAAACAUUGGAUUUCUUUCUUCAUUACAUAGGGACUCAUAGCGAAAUCUUCGCUACCUCUGUCAAUGCUCAGUUACUUGAACGAAAUGACAAGAAGAAAGAACUGUUACUUUCAACUGCGGUGAUGGCAACAAACUGCUACCACGUACAGUCAUUAUCAUCACCAGUUUCUUUUAAUAACCCAAUUCAAGAGAAAAUGAAAAAUGAUUGUAAUGAUAUAAUUCCUUCAGUGCACAGUAAUUUCACUGAUGUGAAUAAUUUACAAACACAACAAAUGGAUUUGGAACGGGAACGUCAACGGCUGCAAAAGGAGGCGAUGCACUUAGACGAUAAAGUUCUGGCGGUGGCCCGAUUGGAGGCAGAACUCAUAGAAAUGAAAAAACAGCAGGAGUCUCGUGAUGCUGAGCGUGAGGAUCUUCUCCGAUCUCUUAUGAAACGGGAACAGGAACGAGAACAACAGUUGGCCCAAGUAAGUACUGAACUUUCUUUCCUGCGACUCAAAUAUGCUGAUUGGGGUAGUGUAGUGGAAAAGCAACACUAG